CCAGAGCGCCUCCGUCUGUCCUGUAGGUUCAUUCAAUCUCCCAAACACACAGACCCACUGCGAGACCGACACACACUCACACACACUCACACACACAACUGCACGCAGCGAGGCUCGGGAAGUCAGGUCGCCUCCUCGCCUCGGCGCCUCCUCCGCUCCAGCCCGUCGGGUCUCCUCUGGGGACCGGAGCUCGGCCGGGCAGCGCAGCCCCGAAAGAGGACGAGCUCGGCGGACCCCGGUUCCUCCAUGGGCAAACGCGGGCGGCCGCGCAAGGAGGCGCGCUGUGAGGGCGCGGGGCUGGCCCCCGCCGCGCCCCCGACAGUGGCCGCGCCCCAGCCCCCGGCCCAGCCCGAGGAGCCCGCGGGGGCCAAGCUCAGGUGCCCCUUCUCGGACAUUUUCAACACCAGCGAGAACUCGAUGGAGAAGCACAUCAACACUUUUCUGCAGAACGUGCAGAUUCUGCUCGAGGCCGCCAGCUACCUGGAGCAGAUCGAGAAAGAAAACAAAAAGUGUGAACAUGGCUAUGCCUCAACGUUCCCCUCCAUGCCGAGCCCCCGGCUGCAGCAUUCAAAGCCCCCAAGGAGAUUGAGCCGAGCUCAGAAACACAGCAACGGAAGCAGCAACACCAGCACUGCCAACAGGUCUACACACAAUGAGCUGGAAAAGAAUCGACGAGCUCAUCUGCGCCUGUGUUUAGAACGCUUAAAAGUUCUGAUUCCUCUAGGACCAGACUGUACCAGGCACACGACACUUGGUUUGCUUAACAAAGCCAAAGCACACAUCAAGAAACUUGAAGAAGCUGAACGGAAGAGCCAGCACCAGCUAGAGAACCUGGAACGAGAACAGAGAUUUUUAAAGCGGCGACUGGAACAGCUGCAGGGUCCUCAGGAGAUGGAACGAAUACGAAUGGACAGCAUUGGAUCAACUAUUUCUUCAGAUCGUUCUGAUUCAGAGCGAGAGGAGAUUGAAGUGGAUGUUGAAAGCACAGAGUUCUCCCAUGGAGAAGUGGACAAUAUCAGUACCACCAGCAUCAGUGACAUUGAUGACCACAGCAGCCUGCAGAGUAUUGGGAGUGACGAGGGUUACUCCAGUGCCAGUGUCAAACUUUCGUUCACUUCCUAGAACCCAGCAUGACAUAACAGUGCAGGGCAAAAACAUUCACUGGGCCAAUUCAAUCCAAACAAUCUCUUAAAUUGGGUUCAUGAUGCAGUCUCCUCUUUAAAACUAAACAAAACUAUACUUGAACAAAAGGGUCAAAAGACCUCUAUUUAAGCAAAUACUUAGCAAAAAGUGGGGCAGAGCCUCCCCAGCAGAACAAAUACUCAUAAUAUUCAUAUUUGAAAAUCAGUUUCUAAUGGCAGCAGAAAACUUGUAUGAAAUUUUCUUGAUUUAGUUGAUUUAAAAGAGAACAUUGGAGAUUCCUCUUUUUCUUCUACAGUUUGCUCAUAAUACAAUGAGUAGACACAUUUAAGAAAUGGGGUUGUGAACCCUUCUUCUUGAGUUUUAUGGUCCUAAAAACAAAAUCAAACCUAUAGUUAUGAGAAGACAAGAUAAUCAGGCAUUAACUUGGAUAGCUAAAGAGCUAUUACAACUCAGCCUGGGACAGCUUAUCAUGAAGCCUGUGGAUGAUCAAUUCUUGAAAAAACAAAAAACAAAAACAAGCUCAUUUCAUGCUCUGCAAAAGGAGAGACUCCCAUGAAGCCUUUUGAAAGGGAUCAUCAUGCAGCUCAGCUUUCUGUUGGAUUCCAUGCUAAGCAAGCUAACUUUAUCCUGCAUUGUUAGCAGUAGGGCACCCAACCGCCAGCUCGACAGUCAGCCGCCCUUAGGCCCUUGGGCAGCAUGGGGGCAGUCUGUGUAUGACAGCCUCUACCAUACAGGGCCUAUGAAUUUGGAUUGAGGGGCCAGAAGGAAAAAGCUCUCCAUGCCUCUGUGUCUGCGUGGGCCAGAAGAAUUGUGCACGCAGAUUAGCAGGCCAAGGUCUGAGCCACGGCAGCAUUUUUAUUUCAGAUUUUGAUAACUGUUUGUAUGUGUUGAAAACCAAAAUGACAUCUUUUUAAAGCUUGUCCAUAAAAAACAUAGAUGUCUUUUAUAGUGGAAAAACACAUGGGGAAAAAAUCAUCUAUUUUGAUGCAGCAUUUGAUAAUGAUAAAACACCUCACACCUCACACUUUACAGUGCACAAAAUGAAUGAGGUCUGGGCUAGGUAGAAAAAAGGUCAAUGCUGUUUUUAUUUUCUUUUAGAAUCAUUACCUUUUACCAGCUUUUAACCAUCUGAUACCUAUAGUAGACACAUUAUAAUACUUAACAUAGUUAAGUCUGGCACUUGUCUCAUUUUAUUGUAAAGAUUUGCUUCCAUUUUCCUACAGGCAGUCUCUCUCCUUCCUCACAGUCCCACUGUGCAGGUGCUAUUGUUGCUCUUACCAAUAUUUUCAGAAAUGUUUUCUGUUAAGUGAAAUUUCUUUUCUAGCCUGCACUUUGAUGUCAUGUGUUCCCUUUGUCUUUCAAAAUCCAAGGUGUUCCCUCCCAACCCCCUCACCCUCUCCUUUACCCCAGGAAGCCUUCUUGGACCCCUUACCCCUUGGCUCUUUGGACUUUGUAUACUUUGAAUAAUUUAACUACCCUUAAUUACUUAAAAAAAAGCUUUAUGAUUUUCAUAACUUAUUGCUGAUUUUAAUGGGUUGUUAAUUUCAGUCCUGUAGUUUUAUUUUGUUAGAUAGGGCUGGGCAAGGAAAAAGAAAAUAAAGACAACCAUAUUUAGCAGUGCAGUUGAGUUGUGUGUGUAAUGUUAGACUAUCCUUUGUAAGUAGCACUUUAACAGCUUUCACUGCUUCUAUGUAUGAAGUGUACCAUCUUGGUCAUACACAAAGCCUCAGCAUAUACUUACUUGUUUUUGUGCUCCUCCUGUGCCUCCGAAAAUAUUUUAUCCUUAAUUGUGCUAUGUUGAGUGGAAGAAAUUCUUUGAAGUAGAUGUGUGAAAAACUGCAUGCCUUUAGAAGCCCGUUAUUAGAACUCGCUACUUCAGGUGCUGGGGACUUAAUGAAAAACAUGAUAAAUUCAUUUCUCUGGCCCAGGUAAAUUAUUUCUGGUUUCACUUAUAAUUACUCCGGGCUGGGUCAAAAUGUUGCUCUAUAUAUUUGCUUACUUUUGACUUUCCCAAGGGAGACAGUUUUAAGACUCUGCUAACUACCAUGGAAAGUAAAUGGAAGCCAAUGAUUAAGCUUUUCCAUUUUGUUAUUCCCAUGGCAUUCACUUGCAUCACUUGCCUAGGGCUGGAAUUUUGGACUUCAUUCAGGAGAACUUGAGGUGCUGCCAUUUUGUUGUAUAUGUACAGGUUGGUGGGCUGGGAAGCCUUCGUCACAAAUCUGUAGUACCUAUUUCAACUGCCCUCUAAAUUACUCCUUCCCUGGGUUUGUUUUCCUUGUGGGAGGGGAGUGGAUUGUAUGAUGAGUAAGAAGUAUUAAUUUUUUAAAAGACAAAUCGACUUUGAAGAUAUAAAAGUUAAUUGCAAGAAAUAAAAAUUGUGAAUGAAGAA